UUCCCGCGAUUGUAAACAUCCGACAUACGACGUACAUGUGCAAUGAAUUACUGUCCAGAGAUAGCGGUAUUACAGUCAGCACUGCUGCUGACAAAUAAACAGAUUGGAGUGAAAGUAAAAGUGAAGACUUCCAAAUCAGAUAUUGGGCUAUGUGUGUCUGUCUUACAUGGGGCAAUACAGGAGAUUUGUGGUGGUCUAGAAGAGGACAGAGACCAAAAAGAACAGGAAACAUGGAGUCGCCAGUUAUUCCUAAUUCUCCUGUACAAGGUGAUAUCCACACACUACAGAGAGGACAAGUCAGCAGUGAAACCAGGGGAACUGGUGGAUAAAAUGGACGCCCUGUGUUCAGUACUACCACCAGUCAAUAAGACCGUGUUCCUGGAAGUGGUCAAACGUUGUGGCUGGUUUCAACUGUUCUUUGAUAGUUUGAUAUCGGUCCAGGAAGAUGUUGCCAGGUCUUUGCUGCGUGACACUGUCAGCCAUAUCUGUGAGGAUGGAAUUGAUAACAAUGACCUUGUCUGGGGAAAACUUAUCAUUGACUAUUUUGUUGGUACCCUUGUUACUUCGCCCAGGACAACUGGUAGCCAUAGCAACAAAAAUGAAGCUAACCAAUCAGACAGUCUGCAAGAUAAACCAAUGAAAAUGCCCAGUCAAUCAGCAGGAUCCAAUCAAGUGGAACUAUCCAAUGGAGAUGUCUGUAUUACAGAAGGAUCAGCUGCAACAAGUGAUCUGGAAAGUGUUGUUUGUGGCUUGAUGACACUUACAGAAAUGUGUCGUGCCUUAAAACAGAUUAUGAUCAUGAAUUGUCAAAAAGUCACAGAAAUUAAAACAAAAAACUGUCAAAAUCUGCCAGAAGUUGAAAACCAGCAGCAGACUUUUCGUGAGUUGUGUCAACUCAUGCUUCUAGGUGUUUGUUUCUCUCCAAAAUCUGCAGACAAGUUCAAUCAGAUUUCAGAUUGGAUAAAAUCAAAUUUAUUUGGCAGUGACGUUGAUGAUCAGAUUCAGAACUUACCUUCUCAAGCCUUGGGGAGAUACAGCUGUACUGCGGUAGUAGAACAAGAUACUGGACUGAAUUCUACAUUGAAGGACGCUCCCAGUGCUGAAUUCCCUUGGAAGUGUUGGAUUAAUAAAAUCAAAUAUAUUCUUACAUCAGAAACAAUCAAGAAUAUAUUGACAAACACAGACAACAACCAGCUAUCUGAACCAAUACUUUCAUUUUGUAGCUUUGUUCCUUUAGUGUCAAGAGGAGCAAAUGCUGGAAAGAUUGUGUCCAGGUUUAUAAAACUAGGAUGUUCACCAGAAAGAGUCCUGGGUAUGGCUGUCCAGGUACUACGAGAUAUCCCAGAGUCGUGUUGUGGACAAAAUAUGAUUCUCAGUCCAGAAGACAAUUUGUCAUUGAGCAAAGAUUCAGAGUUCGUUGUUGAAAGUCUUUGUGAUGUACUGAAAAUUUCCAGUCCAGAUGUCAACAGACAAGUCAGUUAUACAAGAGAUUGGUCGAUGUCGGCAAUUUUGUGGAGGAUCGAAAACCGACAGCCAGGUUAUACAGAUGGUUUGUUAAGACUUCUGACAACUUUUGAUUCUGAGGUUUGGUCCAAUUUGAGUUUGAUAAAAACCAUUCAAGACAAUAUGGCCGCCCUUAUCACUGAUGAUGUGAUGCUGAAGUUUUAUGAGCUUGUGGCAAAAAUGGCUGAUGAUAUGGAUCCUGAUUCAUUGUGCCAGCUCAAAGAGUUGGUGCUGGCUGGUUUUAGUUGCCUCCCUUGGACUGUACAAGACCAACACAUUGCCUUGGUGUACUCCUCAUAUGGACACUGGCCCCGUCAUCAUGGCCGUCAGUUGGAUGGAAUUAUCACUGCAACACUCAAUAAACUCACCAUGGAAAUCAAUGAAAACGAGAAGGUCGUAUCAGAGUUAUGUCAGCUCGCACUACAGGAUGUUGAGACUGUUAUCAAAGGCAUUGUGGGAAGGGCAGCUAGCAGUGCACAACAAGCCGAGAUAGCUGUCAAGGUACUGACUAGGAUGUCCAGUGUGGCCUCGGGAAGGACAGAGGGCUGUAAUCUUAGUGAUGAACUUCAUCAGUUCCUUCUCUCCAGUCAGCUGUCUGCCAAAGAGUGUCGUAAUAUCCUGUACUUCAUACAGCUGUCAAUCAUGCCCCAGAAAUCAUCCCACUGUGAGGACGAGUGGAAAGCAUCACCUCUGCUGAAUGUUACCGUAUUUAUCCAGAAAACAACACUGCCAUUUCUCAGUGUAUUGUGUCUUUGUAACCAAGAGCAAACGAUGAAUACCAUAUUUGCAUUAGAGAUCAUCAUUGGUAUUUUUGAAGCAGUGAAGCAACACAGAGCCUUAUUGGCCAAUCUGUUGAAGUCCUUAGCAACAGACUCUGCCCCUUGGUUACUGUGUAUGGCUGAGCUCUGGCAGUAUUGUGUCGUUCUGUGGGAGUCUAAUCAAGAUACAGGACUCAGGUUGAAACUGAAAGAAAAUUUGGUGAAAUUUUCCACACUGCUGAAGUCAACAAAUUCAUCUUGUGAUCUGUUCACCUAUGGACCCCAGACCAGAGUUUGGCUCCAUAGUCAUCUGGAACAGAUGGACUGGUCAGUACAACUCCAUAUGGCAGAAAUAAUCAGUCCUACAGCAUACCAACAGGAAUGUGAGCUGGAGGACUUCUGUCUACUUCUGAUCAACGAUUCAGGUGAUUACCUGGAGCUCGUGCGGGCAGCUACUCUCAGUGAAGUGAUGAUGGAAACUGUUGCCGGCAUUUUAACAAAGUCGGACACAAGUCUGGUAUACGAGAAUAUGAUAGUGACAUUGGCACAGGUGUUACCACAGUUAGUUUGUGAAGAGUGGAAGAGAAUUACACAGUUGAUUACAGAGAAUUUUAGAUGGCGGACAUCUGACUCCGCGGCACAAAAUUAACUUUGAACAGGAGGAAUUCGGAGGACACUCUGAAGCUGUGGAUCAACCCUUGAAACUGUCUCAGGUACUGCACGACGUCAUGAUUGUCCUUCAAUUCACUACCAUGGCAACAGAUAUGUCCGGCCUAUUACACUGUACUAAGUGUUACGUCUCGGUUAUAAAGGAAUGUGUCCUUGUUGGCGGGAGUGGCCUUACUUCGUCAGAACAAUUGGUACUACUGCCCGAAGUCUUUUGUCACGUGUGUCACGCCACCCAUUGGAUGCCUCUGGAAACUCUGGAUCCCGUGGACGUCUUACAGCUCGACUUGGUGUGUUCUCUAGAACUCGUCAAACAAGAACUUGACAUGGAGAUAUUUGGGAUGACCUUUACUGACAGAUUGAAACGUAUCACUCAGAGCUCCCUUGCUGUUAAAAACUCAGACACGAAAAGUAUGCUGGACAAGAAAAUCACAGGAAUGUUAGAUAGUGUCUCUUAGCCAUCUAAAACUUCAUAUUAGUUUCACUUUAUUGUGUUGGUUAUCUCAUUACAAAUUGUACCAGUGCUAUCAUAUGGUGCUUGCCAUUCUGUAUACUGUGGAUAUUUGAAUUGCAUACAUUGUCUCAUAAUAUUAAUUUUGAAACCAUGUACCUGUUUAAAAGAUUGCAAUAUAUUGGAUAAUUAUGUCACAAUAAAAGAUAUUGCUAAA